AUGAUUGGGCCAAAACCAACACCAUGGGCUUCAAUUUGGGCUGCUACUGGCUUUGCAUUCUUCGCUUCAGUGCAGUUUAGUAUCUACUUUGGCUCAACGUAUCCGUACCUGCAGAGUGUAAGGUAACUUUAUAUUUUUUCUGAUUUUAUAUUGAUAAUGACAUUCUUUAUGAUACCAAUUACAAAAAUUUUGUAUGAACUUACUGUACAGCAUAUACAAUGUAUAAAAACUUCCUUUACCGGCUUUAAAAUGACCGUUUUUAAGCGAUAAACGUUUUGCAGUCUGCGAGUGACAAGUUAUACGUUGAAUUUAUUUUUCGAGUUAAGAAUAAUAAAAAAGUCAAGACUUAAUUUCCAAAUACCCAAAAUAAUAUUUCUUAGUAAAAACGCGAUAACUUUGUUUACAAAACAAAAAAUGGUGGAAACUUUAUUUACAAAGCGAAAAAUAGCAAUAAUUUUCUUUACAAAUCAAAAAAUGACAAAAUUUACAUUAAGUAUGUUAAAAAGCGUCAAAAACUUAGUUUCCACCCAGUGUUCCUCAAACUUUUUAUAAUCAAGCGCACCGUUGCUUAACUUGCCAGAUCGGACGGGAUCGCGCUUUCGCACUGUGCAAAGAAGACAAAUUGCGCUGCACGGUGCGAAAAUUAAUCUUUUGGUAAUAACUUUUUUUAUAAUGAUAGAAAAUGGCAUUCUUGAAGAUUUCUGAGUUUUGGAAGAAACUUCUAUUACAAAAUAAAAAAUGGCAAAAACUUUCUUUACAAAUUCAAAAAUGACAAGAACUUUCUUUACGAAACAAAAAAUGGCAAAAACUUUCUUUAUAACUUAAAAUUUUCAGCUAGACCCCCAUUCAACAGUAAACUUCUACGGUCUGGUCGUAUCUUCAUAUUCACUUGGCCAAACGGUCGGUGCUCCAAUUAUUGGUUGGUGGAGUAGCAGAUUGGACAGUAUCAAGAUACCUAUAACAUUGUGUUUGAUAGUGUCAUUUAUUGGCAAUCUGAUUUACAUUUUGGCUCAAUUGUCAUCGAAUUAUGCUAAAUAUUUUCUACUGGUUGCUAGGUUUGUGGUUGGGAUUGGAUCUUGUAAGUGUUAUAGAGGCUGCAGGGUGCGGGGGACAUGUUAUACGAUGAAAAUUGAUAGUAAUAGCAAAAAAUUUUUUUAAAAAAGCAUAAAAUGGCAAGAACUUUCUUUACAUAACAAAAAAUGGCAAGAACUUUCUUUACAAAACAAAAAAUGGCAAGAACUUUCUUUACAGAACCAAAUAAUGUACUAUUAUAUUAUCUACCUUAGGUAACAUUAGCAUACUAAAAGGCUACUCAGCUAUGGCAUCGAAUAGCAAAGAUCGAUCAAGAGCCAUUGCCUUACUGACUGGUGGUAUUUCUCUUGGUGCUACUACUGGACCAUGUAUGGUAAUUUAAAGCUUUAGCACUUAACCCUAGCCCAGAGCCCGGAGCCCUAGCCCAGAGCCCUAGCCCAGAGUUUUAGACCUAAAAAAUAUUGUUUUAGUGAUGCAGUCAGCCUUCAGUCCAAUAGGAGAAAAAGGAUGGCAGGUGGUUGGUAAUGUAUAUCUGAACAUGUAUACAUCACCUGCUUUCGUAGCGUGUGCUGUGAAUCUCAUAGGGACGGUGUACUUAUGGGUAGUGUUCAAGGAAAUAUACGCUGGAUUGGCUCCUAGUGUUAUUAAGAAAAAUGUAAGUCUACCCUACCCUAUCUUAGGCAAAUUUUGAACCUAAAUAUGAAUUUCAAGCCUAAACUUGAACUUUUAAGCCUGAAAUUGAAUUUUUAACCUUAUAGUUGGAUUUUUAAGCCUAAAGUUGAACCUUUAAGCCUAAAGUUGAAUUUUAAGCCUAAAAUUGAACUUUUAAGCCUAAAUUUGUAUUGUAGGCCUAAAAUUGAAAUUGUAAGCCUAAAAUUAUACUUUUAAGCCUAAAAUUGAACUUUUUAGUCUAAAAUUGAACGAUUAAGCCUAAAAUUGUACUUCAAGCCUAAAAUUAAAUUUUUAAGCCUAAACUUGAACUUUAAGCUUGAAGUUUUAUUUUAAGCCUAAAAUUGAAUUAAAAGCCUAAAAUUGACUUUCUAAGCACAAGAUUGAACUUUUAAACCUAUAGUUAAACGUUAAGCCUAAAAUUGUAUUUUAAGCCUAAAAUUGAAUUAUAAGUCUAAAAUUGACCUUUUAAAGCUAAGAUUGAACUUUUAAACCUAUAGUUAAUCUUUAAGCCUAAAAUUGAAUAUGUAAGCCUAGACUCGUAUUUUUAAGCCUAAAAUUACAUUUUUAAACCUAAAACAUUUUUUAAUUUUAAACUAAUUUUUUAAGCUUAAAAUGACAUUUUUAAGCCUAAAAACCAAAUAUAUUUUGAAAAUUUUGAAUCCACCCAAGCUUUUCAGAAAAACAAGCCCAAGUCCCUAGACGAACCCCUCCUGCCUUCAUAUGACAAGCCUGCUAUGGUGUUAUGUUGUCUCACCUUGUUCGCUCAACGUUUCACAUUCACGAACAUUGAGACACUAGCAUCACCGCUCAGUAUCAUCAUGUUCUCAUGGUCUAACGAGGAGACUGUCAAGUAUAUUGGGCUAGCUCAUGGAGCACUCAGCUUUUGCGCUUUCUUGGUUUAUCUACUGUUUUUCGUUGGGAAAUUGGACAAGUUGUAAGUUAUUUUAGGUAAUAAUUUGUGUUUUUAACGUUAAAAACGAUUUUUUAAAAGUAAAAUUGUGUUUUUUCAAUUAAAAGAGUUUUGUCGUUUUUUUAACAGAAACUCAGUGUAUCUUGGCGACAAGACUUUUUUCAAACCUUAUAUCUUUUAAAUUUGGGUUUGAAAAGUGAUGACAAAUGAUGACAAUGUAUUUAUGACAUUAGAUUAGAAAAAAUGAAAAAUUUCGUUUUGAAAAUCAAAAUAUUUUUUAAAAAUCUAAAAAAUGAAUUUUUUUUCAGUAUAAACAACAGAAAUCAAACGAUUUUUGCCCUAAUUGGACUCAUUAUCUUUCAUUUUACUACGUUUUCAUGGCCAUUUUUUGGAGACAAACUUAAUACAUACGAUUCUGACGGUAAGAACUGCCCUGCCCUUGCCCUGCCCUUGCCGUGCCUUGCCUUGCCUUGCCUUGCAUUGCCUUGCCUUGCCUUGCCUUGCCUUGCCUUGCCUUGCCUUGCCUUGCCUUGCCUUGCCUUGCCUUGCCUUGCAUUGCCUUGCCUUGCUUUGCCCUACCUCAUUCCGUAUCCUACCCUGCGGUAUUCUCAACUACCUUACUACGCUUAGCUGUGCCUUACCCUACACUAAUUUGCCUUACCUUACUUUGACGUGCCCUAUACUACUCUACCAUGCCUUGCUCUGCUCUACCUUGCUUGUCUCUGCUUUAACUUACCUUGCCUUCCUUUACCCUACUUGCUCCGCCCUGCCAUACCUUGCUCCACCAUACCUUGCGUAUCUCGGAAGCUGUAAAGCAGACUCUAAUUUUCAGUCACCCCCAAUAUAACCAGUCCAGGUUGCGACAUAGCCAAGUAUGAUUGGUGUACCAAAGUUAACACUGUGAAUCCGUGGUUGUUUUACUUGAGUUACAUUGUGUUUAUUGGGAUAUGUUUCCCUAGUAUCAGUAUUACAAUCAAUACUUUGUUUUCUAAAAUUAUUGGACCGAGACAUAUGGUAGGUGGCUUACUGUAACUUUUAGUUUAUAGUUUUUUUGUACUGUAGUUUUAGUACUGAGCUAUUGGUACUACAUUUUAUUAUUUUUGUAUUAUUUUUCUAUAUAGUAUGAAGUAUUAGUACUAUAUACCAGUACUAAUACAUAAGUACUACAUUGGGUAGUACUUGUACUAUGUGAGUGCAAUAUAAAUUUCAGUACAUUCUAAGUGUUGUACUGUGCCUAUUACUAUAUGUUUUGUACUUACACUGUAUAUGUAUUGUAUAGACAGUACUAUGUGAGUAGUGUAUUAGUCAAUACUAGUACUAUAAGAGUACAAUAUUAAUUUUAGUACACUCUAAGUACCGUACUAACCAUAAUACUAUAAUUUUCAAUUUUCUCACUUUCAGGGCACAGAACAAGGCCUAAUGUACAUGACAGGUGGAAUAGCACGACUAUUAGGACCACUGAUCAUAAGUAAUCUCUACUCCGAGUUCGGUCCUCGCUCAGCAUGGCUACUUGAAAUCGCCGUACUCAUUGUCAUCAUACUUGCAUGGUGCUUAAUGUACAAACGAAUGGUACCAUUAGUGGUACCACUCGAGGUUUGGAGCAGUUUUAGGAGCAAAAAGAGUCGAAAUUCGGUACUUACAGUAAUGGAAGAGGAAGAAAUUGAGGAUCUGAACAGACGAAGAAGCAGAGUCAUAUCUAUUUCUGGAGAGUAA